AUGUCGAUCGUCAAUUGGGGAAUCUAUCUUGGCUAUGGAAUGUCUUACGGUCUUAAAACCCUUCUUCUCCAAGUGAAAUGGCUUGGAGUAGAAGACUCGUGGCGCUGGGCGUUUUGGCUCUCUACCGCUCUCGGAGUCGUCCUGAUUCCCUCAGUCUUUUUUCUGAUAAAAGAUCCUUCAGAUAAGUCAAAGUCAUCAAAUUAUUGCCAAGAAUCAGCAGAAACUUCUAAAUAUUUCUUUUCAAAAUGCAUCCAGCCGUCCAUUUUAUUCCUCAUCAUCGGCGGGACUUUGAGAAACUCGGCCGGAUAUGCCUGGGGUUACAAUCAAGUUCUCUUUCUUUCCGAGAAGGAGAGUUCCGAAGAUUAUAAUAUUGACCUGUGGCUGAUGACCUGCACCAUCCUCUGUGGCAUUCCAGGAGGCAUGCUCGGCGGAUACAUAAACGACAAGAUAAAGGCCUCGUCCACUGGCUUUAUCAGACUAAAAAGAUCCCUGAGAUUCGUCGCUGGGGCGCUUCUUCUUUCCUCGCCGCUUUUGACAGCUGGAUUUUAUAUGGAGCUCCCUAUUCUCUUCGCGCCACUUUUUAUUGGAUAUUUUAUUACUGAAAUGUGGUACGGGCCAUAUCUCGUUGCUGUGGCAGAGCUUUUUCCUGAAAAUUCUAGAGGCCAGGCGAUUGGCUACACAGUUUUCCUCCUCCGUCUUAUUGGUGGAAAUCUUCCAAGUCUUCUUAUUGGCCCGCUAAAAAGCUCCAUCGACUAUUUUUGGGCGCUGUUCAUCCUUAUUCCUGGAAUGAAUAUCCUCGCCGCCAUUAUUUUUCUUGCUAUUUCAUGCAUACCAUUCACUGAUAACGAAAGAUUUGAGAAAAAUACAGACUUUCACGAGUUUUGA